AAUGAUGAUUUAUAUUCAGAAAAAGAACAAAGUAUUGCUAAAAUUAAAUCUUUAUCGGAAGAAGUGAACGAAUGGAAGAGUAAAUAUGAGAAGGUGAAAACAGAAUUGAGAAAUUUGAAAGCGACAUCAUCAUUCUUCAAAGAAACGCCCAAAAUCGAUAUUGUGAAUGAUAACUCUUUAUCUCCGACGCCAGAUGGUGCGAUUGAUGAAUCCAAAAUUGUUGCUUAUCAAGUAGCAAUCGAUGACUUAUUAAGGGCUGGACGAUCUGAUGUCUCAUCUAAUGUUCUUGUUGCUAUGAAGUCAAUUGUCAUCGCUUGUAAAGGUAUUACCGAAGAAGUUGAUGCAUAUGAACAACGUAAAAAUUCAUCAAUGAAAGCAGAAGAUAAAGAAAAAUUAAAUACUCUAAAAAGUAAAUUUUCAGCUACGCUCCAACAACUUAUGACCGCAGCAAAAAAUCACGCAACUGGAUAUGGUGUAUCACCUGUUAGCUUAUUAGACGCAGCAGCGAGUCAUUUGAAUGCAUCAGUUGUAGAGAUGGUUAAACAUGUAAAACUUCGGCGAACUAGGGGACAAGACGCAAAUAAGCCUAGUUCGGAGCACCCCCCUUUACCAUCAAGUGAAAAUAUGUCUAAUGAAUCACCUAGCCAGGAUGAUUUGAAUUCAUCAAAUACAGGACCUAAAUCUGAUUUAAAUGUAGAAAAACCAAAUGGAUACGCUAUUGGUGUAGAUGAAUUAAAAGAUUUUCUUGAACGUCAAACAGAAUCUAUAGUUCAAUCAAUUCAGACACUUCUAACUGCCAUCAGAAGUGGAUCAUUUGGUAAAGAACUCACAGACAACAUAAACACUAUCACGACGAUUGUUCUUAACGUCAUUGCGGUGUGCCGCGACUCUUUUAGAUCUAAUAACAUUCCUCAAAGUGUACGUGGUAAUGUUAUAUUAAAAGAAUUAGAAGAAAGUAUUGAUAAAUUAGAUGAAAUGCGAGAAUCAAUAACGGAUAAUAGAGAUGACUUUCUUAAUAACCGGGCAGCAAAACAACGAUUGGCUAGUGCCUCGUUUGAAAUUGCUAAAUUUACUAAAGAAUUAGUAGG